AUGGACAGUCUGCCACCAGAGCUGAAGCUUUACGUGGCAGGUGCAGUGGGCGACGUGUCGCGGGAAGCCCUGCGAGCCUUAUCACAGGUCAACCUAUCCUUCAAAUCCCACGAGCCCCAAAUUCGUGUACUCCAGCUGCUGGACGCCAGCCGAAUCUUGCCGCAUGUUAGACAUCUGACACUUCUUGCCCGAAGCUCUCCCGUCAGUCUGCCGGUCUCGGACGAGAGCAUAGGCGAUUAUCUCGAAGAAAGCCUUCCUGAAGAUGUCAAGGUUCCACUAUUGUGUGAAUUCAAAGGUGAUUGGACCCCAUCCAUCGUCCUGGUGAAGCGGCUGCCAUGUCUGCAGAAUUUGAAGAUCCUGGCUUUUGCAGAUUAUGCUGAGCUUCUGGAUGUCGUCGCGGAGGUGCAUCCCUACUGUCGUGUGUCUGUAUUCCCUCUUCGUCGGUUUAGUCCUGGCUGGAUUCAGGCGCGGGCCAAAUGGCUUCAAUCCCCUGUGCUACAUGACGUUACGGUCAUUUGCCAUGAUGAUAGGCACAUGAGGGCCUUUAGAGAGGAUCCUGAUCGCGUUCUGCGGGACCUUCUCCAUCAAGCGCGGCAUAUAAAGCAUUUAUCAUUUCAGAUCAGUGUCAAAACCUUGCAUAGGACAUCCUCGGUAUAUACACGCUGGCCCCCAUUCCAGCCGCCAGAGAGCGAAGUCGCUGAGGCUCCGCGCGCGAAGUUGGAGAUAUUGUCAUUGCCAUUGGUCACAAAGAUGACUGCGAAGCAGGUGGAAAGGUGGUCCCAGAUUACUGAUCUGGGUUAUCUCACUGCGUGGGCGGCGGGUACAAUUGAGGAAAUAACCGCAUUGACGGCCAUCACGGAACUGCAGGCCUUCCGAGCAUUGAAGCGGUUAACACUUAGCCUCAACCCACCAAAAGGCUCUCCAUCCUGGCCACCAGCAGUGAAGGGGAUGUUUGACGCUCUCCCACCAUUAGAAUACCUCUGUCUCCUGGGAAGAUACGACCCGGCGAUACUUCCCACCGCCGUUCUGGACCGACACGGCCCAACCCUGACCGAGUUGAAGCUGCACUACAAGCGCGCACAGUUCCAACCAAUAGACAAGGCGAUUAAGCUCUCACAUAAAGGAUAUAUUGCUCCCAUUUUUCGCCCAGCUGUCAUUGCCCGCAUUGCAGCCCGCUGCCCUUCCCUGCGGACGCUGUGGAUCGGCGUGCAGCGACACAGAGGCCACCCCAUUGAGGCGCGAGCCUACGAUGCUCUGGCGCUGUUCCCAGCGCUACAGUCGUUGGAUCUCGUCCUCAGCUGCCUAGCGGCAAGUAAGGCCGACGACAGGACGCCGGUUCCGCCGCGGGAGCUGAGCGCAUACGAAGAAGAGCUCUUCCCAUACCGCUCCCGCCAGAUCCCCAAAUGGACCAUCCGGGACUGCAUGAUCAACUCAGCCAUCGAUGAAUCGCUGGCCAAGGCAAUUUUUAAUCGCAUCCGAACGGGCCCGCAGAGCCAGCGGAUGGGUAGUUGUCUGCAGCUGCUCCGCAUACAUCCGCUCCUUGGCAAGUUCGGAAAGUCGAGGGUGCGCACGGGCAUCGGUCACCGUCUACCAGUCACUGCAGGGGAAAUUAGUCACAAGAUGGCGGGUGCAUGGCAGGUCGAGUGGCUCGGAGAUGGUAGAUUGCAGUUGGAAAACCGGCUCAAGUCCAGUCAUGAUCAGGAAGUUAUGAUAAGGAGUGAAGAUAGCGAGAUUUUCGAGUCUAUCUGGCCAUCAAUUCGGGAGCCCAAGACUUGGCCCUCGGAAUGGUGUAGCUGGCCUCUGCAGUAA